UGCAGUUCAUGUCCGACAUCGGCGUACGCAAUCCAUUGCUUGCAAAACCACAUCUCAUAGCGUGUCCCGCGAGCCAACAUGCAACGUACUGUCCAGAUACUUUGCUUUCUCCGCGUCCCUGACCUUUUGUCUCCACACCCAGGAUGCCUCCGCUUCGUCUUGACACGAGCCUGAUGGAGAUCUUCAAGAAGCUCCCCACGGCUGAUGAACAGUGUGACGCACUGCAGGAGUUCGUUCCGAAGAAAGGCGCCGUCAUCAAGUGUUCCAAGCCCACGUUCCAAGAACUCCAAACCCUGCUGAACAAUGGCGGGCGCGGACGCAGCUGCGCGCUGAUUGCUCUGGCCAAGUGCCUGGGAACACCCGCCCACCGCUACGGCAUCACCAGCUAUGCCGCCGACCUGCUGAAGACCAUUGGCGACAUCAUCGAAACUCGUCGCGAUGGCCUCGACGGCGACGCACAGCUGAUCAUCCAGGUGUGCCAGGCAGCAUGGGGUCAGCCUACAGUUGCCGCCAAAGUGUUCGCCGUACUCCUGCACAUCCCUCUCGCCUUUCUCGACGGCGCUUUCUCCUACCGAUACGCCCUCAAGGCUGCCCAGGUGGCCAAUGAUCUUGUUGAGGCAUCCGACAAGAAGAUUCUCAAGGCCCUGCACUUGGAACUGAAUGCCGCUGCUUUGCGCCCCGUUGUUCUUCGCAUUCCAGACUUUGGCGACUUUGACCUCCAAAUGGAGCUGGUCAGCGCCAUCUUCUCUUGCACCUCCAAAUCGACACGGUCUGAGGUGUUCACGCCGACUGGGAAGGAUCCGGAAGCGGAAGCGCUCGUCAAGUGCUUCCACAGCCUUCGCGCUUCCCAUUUUGAGGAAGACUGCACCCGCUGCCUCGUCGCCAUCAACAACGCCUCCCAGUCCGUCAUCUGCAAAGAGCUCACGGGCUUGCUGAUUGACGGCAAAGACACGGCGUGGGUGCCAUCUGCGCUGGACCCUUCUCUGCCUCGUCUGGCACACUUCAACCUCGGAUCAUCCACCAUCUCUUUUCAAAUGGCGUGCGAAGACGAACCAAACAGCAACAGCACCAUCGCCAUUCAAGCCAUGCAUGUGCUGUCAUUCACCGUAUCGAAAGAUUCGCUUGUGGUCACCAUUGACAAGAAGACGCCCAACCACCCAAGCUUCUCCGAGUUGAAGCUCAAGUUCGCCGACGGGCUCAUGAUCCAGCACGCCGCCUCCCGCACAUUUGGCACGCAGAAACAGCUGAUUCCACAGAUGCGUGCUUCUGUGACGACGCCGAUUCGCAUCAUCCGACCCACAAUGCAAGUGAAGGCUACCCCACAGGACAACAUGACCACCGCUGCCGCUGCCUCUGCAACAACAGCACACCACCCGCGCAACCAUGGUCGUGCGCAGAUGCCCGCAAACAGCAGCAAACAGCACACCGCCAAGCAGCAGCAGCAGCAACAGCAGCAGCAACAGCAGCAGCAAGAACAGAAGCGGAAGCAAGGGAAGCAAGAGAAGAAGGCACAAGUGGAGCAGCUGCCGGCGAAGGUCGACGAAACGGACAGCGACGCAGACUUUGCAAUUGUGUCGCAAGCAGCAAUUGCUGCGGUUGAGGCCAUUGAGCGUCAGACACCGGCAGCAGCGCAGAUGGAUCUCGGCCGUAAUCCACGCUCACCAAAAGGCAGCGCCUCCUCAAGCAACAAUUCCAUGCAGCAACAGCAGCAGCAGCAGCAGCGCGAACCCGUGACCGCGGCCGCCACUGCCAAGGCACCUAACAAAACGAAGGACACUGGCCGCACAACCAGGAGCUCCGCCAACGCGAAGCCAGCACCAAAGAAGCUGCAGCCCAAGAAGAGCGCCACGACUAGGAGCAACCGCAAGACAAGCCGCGAGGUUGAGGCCGACAGCAACAGCAGCGGCGGCAGCAUCAGCGACGAUGACGUGGAGCCAGAGCAGCAGCAGCACUACGAAGAAAAGCGCGUCUCCAACAACAAGCGCCAAACACGCAAGACUGUCAAAGCAGCAACGUCCACAUCCACGACACGGCGCAAGUCUGCCAGAGCGAACCGCAACACACGCGCAAGCGACGACAGCGUCAAGAGUGAAGCGCAUCAACAUGGCGAUGGCGACGGCGACGCGGAAGAGGAGUAUGCUCAUCCACAGAAGCGCAGCAAGCGGUCAAGUGCCCCUCGUGCCACGCGACGCCCAUCGUCUUCACGUGGCGGCUCUCGGAAGACGAAGCAAGUGGCAGUGAGCGAGGAUGGCGAGGAGGAAGAUGACAGGGCAGCGACGGAGAUGAGCGAUGCUGACUCAGCCCCAUCGAUUGAUCAGAGCCAAGAGGGGGACGAGGAAGAGGAAUGGGCACCAACGCCACGCAAUAACAACAGCAGCAGCGGAAAGCAGAAGACAACAACUGCAGCCGUCAAGAAGGGUCGCCGUGCGACAUCAUCAUCGGCACGCAAGGCUGCAUUGACGGCCAAGAAAACCACCACGACCACGACCGCCACCACCAGCAGCAACAACAGCAACAACAAGUCUCGUCAAACACACGAGAAACGGCGGAAGAGCAAGCCUUCCGUGGAUGACGCUGAUGGCGAGCGCGACAACCACGACGAUCAGGCACUGCGCCUUCAUCGUCAACGCAUGGACGAGCUCGAGCAACAGCUGCUCAACAAACAGCGCGAGUUGCAGGAGCUCACAGCGGCUGUGCAUACGAAGCGCGGCAGCACAGCACAACAAGGGGUAUUGGACGGUCUCGUCGAGCCCACAACGCCUCGGUUCCGACCCCUCAACAUUGUCGCAACCCCAAAGUCGACAGGCGUCAAGGCGGCGACUGUCCUGUUUCCCGAAGAUGGAGAGAUGGAGGACGCCAGGGACAAGGCCGGCAAGCGCGGCAGCAAAGAGGCCGAUCCCAUCGACACCAGCUUGGACGAGCAAGAUUGGUCGAUGCAACGGGAAGAAGACGAUGCCGCCAUCGACCUCUCUCACAUGCUGAUGCGAGGCAACACGAGCGCAGAUCCUCGCCCGUCGACCAAGCCCGUCAGGCCGCCCAAACCCGCCACCACCACGACAAACACAGCCACAAGCAAAACCAACGCAACCGUGUCUGCACACACAAAGUCUGCAGCAGUGAUUCAGCCACACCAACACCACCAGCCACAAGCCGUUCCAUUUGAGCCAAGUCAUGCCAUCCCCGUUGUUGAUGUGGCACCAGCUGACGUGCUGGGCGAGUCGCCCUGGGAAUCCCUCAACACGGCCAUCGAUUCCUUCGAAGCCAGGCUGCAAGGGGCGCUUGUCGGGUUUGGGGCACGGCUGAAGUCGCUUCGCAAGAGCCAGCGCACAUCAGCAGCGGCAAUGGGCACUCGCCUCAAGAACCUCAAGCGCCAGCAAGCCAAGCUCGCAACUCUCCUCAAGGGAAACCGCGUCAUGGUGAACCAAGCGGUGCGUUGUGGUGUGGUGGUGGUGAUUGUGUGGUUGUGGUUGUGUGGUUGUGCGUGGUUGUGGUCGUGAUGAUUGUGGUGGUGGUGGUGGUGGUUGUGUGGUGCAAGUGGGAGGUUUAACAGGGAUGUGGGUUGAAACAGUCGAGCGCGAACAAGAGAAGAACGUUGUCAUCGCAUCUGUCCAUCACACCAUGACAGGCCAAGGACGCUGCUCUAAAGGGUGAGCAGUUGGAAGCCGCCAAGGAUGAACUGCGCACAAUGCUGCACGCGCAGACAGAGCACAUGCACGCCACCAUCACCAAGGAGGCAACCAAGAUCACCAAGGCCCUCUCCGACGAACUGACACAGCAACAGGCAAGCCGGGCACAGCACAAGAAGCGUCAGGCCCUCAUGCAGUAUCUCAUGAUGUCGUAGAUUGCUGUUGCGUGGUAUUGUUGUUUGCUGUGAUCAUCAC